AUUAAAGUAGAUGUUAUAGCAAGUGUUGAAAAAAUAUAUAUAUAUGCACAAGAACAAACACUAAUGCAUUGAUAUUUAUUUUGGAUAAAGACAAAAUUAUCAAUACGCAGAAUUUCAAUACGUGCAAAUUUAGUAUAAAUUAAUAUUAAGAUUAUAAUCGUUAUAUCAUUAUUCUAUCUAAUUUUUGCAUUAACAUUGUUAGUAAUUUAUUUAAUAAAUAGAACUUUAUAAUAAAUAACGCGAAUUAUGAUUAUUUAACUGCAUCUCUUCUCCUUUUCUUAAUGUAUUUCUAUGCGUCGAAGAUACUAUCAAAAUUGUUAAUUUUUGCAUAAUUCAUAUAUUUUUUUCUAUUCUGCCGACGAUUUUUGAUUUUUUCAUUUAAUGGAUGAUGAAUAUUGUUGUAUAAAAAGAGAAAUUAAAAACAAUUUUCACUCCAAGAAUCUUGAAUCUAAUUCUUCAUUCAUGAUUGAAGAUGAAGUUCUAAAUACUAUAGAGAAUCAUGGAAAUCUUGGAAACAUGACUUUUUAUAUGGCUAAUUAUAUUAAAGAUACUAUGAAAAUGAUGUUCAUUAUGCGUAGUCAUCAUAUGUUUACUGAUGUUAUAUUAGAAAUAGAAUCAGAAUUGUUCCAUGCACAUAAAAUAAUUUUAGCUGCUGCUAGUCCAUAUUUUAAGACAAUAUUUACAGAAGACUUAAAAAAAUCUCCAAUAUCUAAAAUAAAACUUCAAGGUGUCAACUCAACAACCAUGGCGUGCUUAAUAUAUUUCAUGUAUACUGGCAAAAUAAGAAUUACAGAGAUUACAGUGUAUUCUCUUUUAUCAGCAGCUACAAUGUUUCAGAUUAGUAAUGUCAUAGACGCGUGUUGUGUAUUUUUAAAAAAACAAUUACAUCCUACAACUAAUAUUGAAUUUACUAAUUUUCCCGAACAAUAUAAUUAUUUGAAUAUAUGUCAAAAAGUAAGCGUAAAGCAAGAAGUAUCUCAACAAUCAGCAGAAAAUGUAAAGGAGAAAACCAAAAAUAUAUCCAAAUUACAAGAAACUGAUUUGUUGAAUUUAGAAAUACCAAAUAGUAGUAGUAUAAAUAAUAUUGCGAAUUCGGAAUUAAAUAAUUUUUCUAAUCAGAAAGAAAGUGAUCUCUUGGGAGAAUUUAAUAAUUUUUUUCAGCAAGAAACCAAAAAUACUAUACCUAUCAUUACUGAUCCUAUUCAGAAUAAUUUAAUUUUUUACGAUCAGCCUAUUACUAGGAAUGAUAAUGAUAAUAAUAAUUUGAAUGAAUUAUUUUUGAAUGAAAAUCAAACUACUACAAAGCAAAAUCUCGAAGAUUUAUUUGAUUCACUUGGUAAAAAAUCUAUAAACAAUCUAUUAGAAAAUAUGCAAAACACUAAACCGAAUAAGAAAUCCUCAUUGGAAGAAAAUUUUCCAAAAAAUUCGAACAUUCAAAAUAAGAAUUUCUUUGCAAAUCUCGUCAAUUCUUUGGAAGCUACUGAACUAACCUCUAUCUGGAAUGGAACAGCAAGAAACUCUAAUGUUUCAUCAAGUACUUCUGCUAGUACACCAAUUCAUUCAAAUUUUAAUAGACACAGAAUUAAUGAUAUUAAUAUUGCUAAUACUGCAUCUUCGGACAAUAAAACUAAUAAAUCAAAUGAAGAUGUUUUCAAAGAUUUAUUAGAUAGUCAAGGAUACAAUUUUUUUAAUUCACGAAAGACUGAAAAAAACACACCAAAAACAAUAAAUCAAAUGAGGAAAAUAGAAACAACCAAGAUUAUAGAUCCAGAUAGAUUAAAAAUUAUUAAAUGGACAGAAGGAAAAAGAGGUAAUUUGAGAGCUCUUCUUUCUUCAUUACAUAUGGUUUUAUGGUCAGAAGCUAAUAGAUGGCAACAAUGCGAAAUGCAUCAAUUAGUUACUACUGCAGAUGUAAAGAAAGCUUAUAGAAAAGCUUGUUUGGCUGUGCAUCCAGAUAAGCAAGCAGGAACAGCUAAUGAAAAUAUUGCAAAAUUAAUUUUUAUAGAACUGAACAAUGCAUGGAAUACAUUCAAAAACGAUGCGUUGCAACAAAAUUUAUUUUAAUUCUUCAUUAUUUUUUUAAAUUUAUUAUUUCAAUUAUUAAAUGUAAAAAAUUUUUUUGUUUUAUAUUCCGACUAAUUUUAUCUU